GCGGGCACUACCGGGCGGGGUGCAGUCCGCCUCCUGUGCCCCGCGUCUGGGCAGAAGGAAAGGUGACUGCCUGCUGAGAACGAGGGCCAUGGAGAUCAAAUAAAACCACAUGGAGAGAGGUGAUGAAAGAAAGGAAGCCCAGAGGAUAGACAAAUAAACCACAAUUGUAAUUUCUUCUUGUGAUAUCAACUACAGCUGAUCCUUGAAAAGCGCAGGGGUUAUGGGCCCCCAACCCCUACACAGUCGAAAAUCCAAGAAUAGAAGAUGAACAAACCCAUAACACCAUCAACAUAUGUUCGCUGCCUCAAUGUUGGACUAAUUAGGAAGCUGUCAGAUUUUAUUGACCCUCAAGAAGGAUGGAAGAAGUUAGCAGUAGCUAUUAAAAAACCAUCUGGUGAUGAUAGAUACAAUCAGUUUCACAUAAGGAGAUUUGAAGCAUUACUUCAAACUGGAAAAAGUCCCACUUGUGAGUUACUGUUUGACUGGGGUACCACAAAUUGCACAGUUGGUGAUCUCGUGGAUAUUUUGGUCCAAAAUGAGUUUUUUGCCCCUGCGAGUCUUUUGCUACCAGAUGCUGUCCCGAAAACUGUUAAUACACUGCCUUCUAAAGAAGCUGUAACAAUUCAACAAAAAGAAAUGCCUCUCUGUGGCAAAGACAGGACAUCUGUGAUACCUGUACGGAGUCCUGAACAAAACUACAUGCCACCGGACUCCUCAACUCCAGAAAGUUUAGAAGUUAAUGACACACGUUUCCACAGUUUUUCAUUUUAUGAAUUGAAGAGUGUCACAAAUAACUUUGAUGAACGACCCAUUUCUGUCGGUGGUAACAAAAUGGGAGAGGGCGGAUUUGGAGUUGUAUAUAAAGGCUGUGUGAACAACAGAACUGUGGCAGUGAAGAAGCUUGCAGCAAUGGUUGACAUUAGUACUGAAGAACUGAAACAACAGUUUGAUCAAGAAAUAAAAGUAAUGGCAAAGUGCCAACAUGAAAACUUAGUAGAACUCCUUGGUUUCUCAAGUGAUGGAGAUGACCUCUGCUUAGUGUAUGUUUUCAUGCCUAAUGGUUCAUUGCUAGACAGACUGUCUUGCUUGGAUGAUACCCCACCACUUACUUGGCACACGAGAUGCAGGAUUGCUCAGGGUGCAGCUAAUGGCAUCAGUUUUUUACAUGAAAACCAUCAAAUUCAUAGAGAUAUUAAAAGUGCCAAUAUCUUACUAGAUGAAGACUUUACAGCCAAAAUAUCUGACUUUGGGCUUGCACGGGCUUCUGAGAAGUUUGCCCAGACGGUUAUGACUAGCAGAAUUGUGGGAACAACAGCUUACAUGGCACCUGAAGCUUUGCGAGGAGAAAUAACACCCAAAUCUGACAUCUACAGCUUUGGUGUGGUUUUACUAGAAGUAAUAACUGGACUUCCAGCUGUGGACGAACACCGUGAACCUCAGUUAUUGCUAGAUAUUAAAGAAGAAAUUGAAGAUGAAGAAAAGACAAUUGAAGAUUACAUUGAUAAAAAGAUGAAUGACACUGAUUUCGCUUCCAUUGAAACUAUGUACUUUGUUGCCAGUCAAUGCCUGCAUGAAAAGAAAAAUAAGAGACCAGACAUUAAGAAGGUCCAACAGAUGCUGCAAGAAAUGACAGCUUCAUGAAACUAUAGUAGAAAGGACUCUUGGCUUUUUAUAUACAGCUAUCUAAACCAUUUUUCAAACUCUUUUUUUUUUUGUAAACAUUCUUUUUUAUCUUUAACAAGGCGGCACCGUGCAAUGCAUUGGUUAUUGAAGCUUGUGUAGAAC